AUGAGCAAAAACACCCCCCAGCCCACUGAGCGCGAUAUCAAUCGCUUGCUCGCUUUACACAUUGUUAUUGGUGGCAGACAGAUGGACAACAAGAUGAUGACUUUAUUCAUGAUCAAUGUGACAUGGGAAGGCAAAGACUUGUCUUUCACAGAAGCAGGGUACCAAGUGCACCCCAGGUUAGUGGUGAUUGUGCUGAACAAGGACCGGGAGUGGGAAAAGGUGGGGAAAUGGGAGAACCAGACCCUGAGCCUUACACAUUCCGUGUGGCCGAGGUACAAAUCGUUUGCCGACUGCGAGCCGGAUGACAACCAUCUGAGCAUCGUCACUCUGGAAGAAGCUCCAUUUGUCAUUGUGGAAGACAUAGACCCGUUGACUGAGUCCUGCGUACGAAAUACUGUGCCAUGUCGGAAAUUUGUCAAAAUCAACAAUUCAACCAAUGAGGGGACCAAUGUAAAGAAAUGCUGCAAGGGAUUCUGUAUUGACAUCCUGAAGAAGCUGUCUCGUACUGUGAAGUUCACCUAUGACCUCUACUUGGUGACCAAUGGGAAGCAUGGGAAAAAAGUGAAUAACGUGUGGAAUGGAAUGAUUGGGGAAGUGGUAUACCAUCGAGCAGUCAUGGCAGUGGGGUCUCUCACAAUUAAUGAGGAACGCUCAGAGGUGGUGGACUUUUCGGUUCCCUUUGUGGAGACAGGAAUCAGUGUAAUGGUUUCCCGAAGCAACGGCACAGUAUCUCCUUCUGCCUUUCUAGAGCCUUUUAGCGCUUCUGUGUGGGUGAUGAUGUUCGUGAUGCUCCUCAUUGUGUCUGCCAUGGCUGUUUUCAUAUUUGAAUACUUCAGUCCAGUUGGCUAUAACAGGAGCUUAGCCAGAGGCAAAGCUCCCCAUGGGCCUUCUUUUACUAUUGGAAAAGCUGUAUGGUUGCUCUGGGGCCUGGUCUUCAAUAAUUCUGUGCCUGUUCAGAACCCGAAAGGGACCACCAGCAAAAUCAUGGUGUCUGUUUGGGCCUUCUUUGCGGUCAUAUUCCUGGCCAGUUACACUGCCAACCUGGCUGCCUUCAUGAUUCAAGAGGAAUUUGUUGACCAGGUGACUGGCCUAAGUGAUAAAAAGUUUCAGAAGCCUCACGAUUACUCCCCCCCUUUUCGGUUUGGAACAGUUCCUAAUGGGAGCACAGAAAGGAACAUUAGGAAUAAUUACCCUUACAUGCACCAGUACAUGACCAAAUUCAAUCAGAAGGGAGUCGAGGAUGCUCUGGUCAGCUUGAAAACCGGGAAGUUGGAUGCUUUCAUCUAUGAUGCUGCAGUGCUGAAUUACAAGGCUGGGAGAGAUGAAGGAUGCAAACUGGUGACAAUUGGGAGUGGCUAUAUCUUUGCUACCACUGGGUAUGGCAUCGCCCUCCAGAAAGGCUCCCCGUGGAAAAGGCAGAUCGACCUGGCCCUUCUUCAGUUUGUUGGUGAUGGAGAGAUGGAGGAGUUGGAGACGCUCUGGUUGACAGGAAUCUGCCACAAUGAGAAGAAUGAAGUGAUGAGCAGCCAGCUGGACAUUGACAACAUGGCGGGGGUGUUCUACAUGCUUGCUGCUGCCAUGGCCCUCAGCCUCAUCACCUUUGUCUGGGAACAUUUGUUUUACUGGAAACUCAGGUUUUGCUUCACUGGAGUGUGCACAGACAGGCCAGGACUGUUGUUCUCCAUCAGCAGGGGCAUUUACAGCUGCAUUCAUGGAGUGCACAUCGAGGAGAAAAAGAAGUCACCAGAUUUCAAUUUGACUGGCUCCCAGAGCAACAUGUUAAAACUCUUACGGUCAGCCAAAAAUAUUUCUAACAUGUCCAACCUGAACUCCUCCAGAAUUAACUCCCCCAAAAGAACAACUGAUUAUAUCCAAAGAGGCUCCCUCAUCAUGGAUAUGGUCCCAGAGAAAGGGAAUUUGAUAUACUCUGAUAACAGAUCUUUUCAUGGAAAAGACAAUGUUUUUGGGGACAACAUGAAUGAACUUCAGACAUUUGUGGCCAAUAGGCAUAAAGAUAACCUCAAUAACUAUGUUUUCCAGGGGCAGCAUCCUCUAACCUUGAAUGAGUCCAAUCCUAACACAGUGGAGGUUGCUGUGAGCACAGAGUCCAAAGGGAACUCUAGACCCCGGCAACUUUGGAAAAAGUCCAUGGAGUCCUUGCGCCAAGAUUCACUGAGCCAGAACCCAGUCCCUCAACAGCGAGAGAAUGGCUUGGUGGAGAACAGAACCCACUCUCUGAAGAGUCCCAGGUACCUUCCUGAAGAGGUGGCCCACUCUGACAUUUCAGAAGCUUCAAGCCGGGCCACAUGUCACAUGGAACUUGAGAACAACAGCAAACAUCACAAGACCAAGGACAAUUUUAAAAAAAGGUCUGUGGCCUCCAAAUACCCCAAGGACUGCAGUGAUGUUGAGCUCACCUACCUGAAAACCAAAGCAAGUUCCCCUAGGGACAAGAUCUAUACCAUUGAUGCUGAAAAGGAGCCCAGUUUCCACAUAGAACAGCCCCAGUUUAUUGAAAAUCUCGUCCUUCCUGAGAAUGUGGACUUCCCUGAAGUGUACCAGGAUCCCAAUGACAACUAUCAAAAGGGGGAUGCUACACUUCCUGUCAACAGGACUCCUUUGCACAAUGAAGAUGGCAAUGUCCCCAACAAUGACCAGUACAAACUCUUUUCCAAGCAUUACACCUUGAAGGAAAAGAGCUCUCCCCACAGUGAGGGGAGUGACAGGUACCGGCAGAACUCUACCCACUGUAGGAGCUGUCUCUCCAACCUGCCCAACUACACUGGUCAUUACACCACCCGAUCCCCCUACAAAUGUGAUUCCUGCCUGAGGAUGGGUAACCUCUAUGAUAUUGAUGAGGACCAGAUGCUGCAGGAAACCACGGCCAAUCCCACCCACCCUGAGGAGACAUAUGAGCAGGACUGGGUUCAGAACAACGCUCUUCAAUUCCAGAAGAAGAAUAAGUUGAGGAUUAGCCGGCAACAUUCUUAUGACAACAUCCUGGACAAGCCCAGGGAGAUUGACCUUGGAAGACCCUCUCGGAGCAUAAGCUUAAAGGACAAGGAGAGACUGUUGGAAGGGAAUUUGUAUGGGAGCCUGUUUAGUGUCCCUGCCAGCAAACUGUCAGGGAACAAGGGCUCCCUUUUAGCCCAAGCACUGGAAGACAGUAAGAGGAGCAAAUCUCUCUUCCCAGACCACUCCUCGGAUAACCCCUUCCUACACUCCUACCAGGAUGACCAGCGGCUGGUCAUUGGGAGAUGCCCCUCUGACUCUUAUAAACACUCAUUGCCCUCCCAAGUGAGGAAUGACAACUACAUGAGGUCGUCUCUAAGAUCGACAGCGUCGUCAUACUGUUCCAGGGACAGCCGGGGCCACAACGACACAUACAUUCCCGAGCAUGUGAUGCCUUAUGUGGCAAAUAAUAAUAUUGUAUACUCUACCCCCAGGGUCCUCAACUCCUGCAGCAAUAGACUCACAGCCCAUACCAGACCCCAGAACUCAGGGCCCUGGAAAGAAUCGGUAUGUCCGCACAUCCGAGGCUACCUUCAGUCUAGGCUGUCAUCAAGAUAUGGAGACGCAUCUGGAAUAAUAGGCCCCAGCUGUUCCUGGUGAGGAAUCCAUAGGAACCCCUUCGGCUGUUGGUUUAUGCGGGUCAAAUGCUUUCUUUUGUUGGGUUUCACAGGCACUUAAUGCUAACUUAAGAGCUCAACAGUUUGCUGUGCAGUCAGAAUUCACAGCUGCAUAACCUAAAAUAUGUAUUUUUUUUAGAUGUCAAUAUGUGGAUCUUACAUCUGUGACACAGUGGACCUCACUAUUUAUUUAUCAUGAAGCCUCGUGUGUACGUAAGUUUGCAUCUCCCCCCUUCUGGUGACUACUCAGGGCUGUAUAGUAUCUCUUACCCCUUCACUCCAAAAGUAACUGUAACUCAUUCUUCACGAAGUGGUCCUGGUGGCAUCUAAUUAACCAUGUAUUGUUAUCCAAGUUGUCAAUGCUAUGUCAUGAGCCAACAGCCAUAUGUUUCAUGCCAUCAAGAAGGAGAAGGAUGCCAUCUGUUUGCUGAAGGCUGACACAAUUUUUCAUUGAUCAUCUUACUCCGUGGAAUUGUAAUUUCCACCUCCACCGCCUUCCCCCCGAUUCCCAAAUCAGAAUCCUCCUUACAUGUCUAGUAGAUACAUGUACCCAUGAAUGGAAUAUCUACAUCUUGAUAGUCAUAGAGAAACUGUGGUAGAAUAAGUGGUCUGUCACCUCAGACACAUUAGCCUCUUUGAUGCCAGCCUCCUCUUCUACUUGUCCUUGAGAUAUUGAAGCAUUUUUCCUUUCUAAAUCGACUGGAUAACUUAUUUUUUAUUCCAGAGGACAUAUUGAAGAGGAAAAAAAGAAAAUAUUCUUAAUAAAUCACACCAAAAUGAAAGUGGAAGAAAGGACUGGUGUAUCACCCAAAUCCCAAAUAUGCACUUUAUUAGACCUGCCUCCAAUGAUGAAAAACAAAUAUAUACAUAUAUAUGUAAAAUUCUAGCCCACAAACACAUGUACUUUAAAUCCUGAAAGAAUUUGGGAUCCUCCCCUAACUGUUUGUGUUCUGAGGUAUCCCUGCUGUUAUCUGAUAUGCUCUGGAAAGUUGCCUUGAAUGACCCAGAAUCCCUCUGUGCUUACAGCCAAAGUAGAAUUGUAGAAUUUCCUAGCUGGAAGGGACCAUAAAGGUCAUUCUAGUCCAACUUCCUCAUUUUAUGAGGAUCCCACUGCCUCUAUUCUCUUCCCUGAAUUUCUCCUCAUUGCUGUUUCUGUUUCUUAGAAAAACAAAGGAAGUUACACAUAAGGAGCUCUCCUAGUUUACCAUUCAUUCCUCUAGGCAAUGUUCAGAGAGGCACAAGUUCCUCUCUAAAAGACAGAGCAGUCUUUGGUGGUGGAAGUAGAGGUGGGAGCAGAGGUUAUAUAUCCUCUUCAACCAGUCCCCUGGUCUCCUAUUGGGAUCUAAAAUCCCUUAAAAUCCCUGUGGCACUUUAUAUGUGGAGACUGAUUCACUUUAGGAUUUUAGGAGAGCUUCAUAAUGAUGGAGGCAGGAACAAUUACUGCACACAGGGCCAUUCCCUAGGAAGUACAAGACCUCUCACACCUUCACAUUUUUAUCCAGAUGAAAUCUGGUUAAGAUCAACUUCAACCCCAAGGUGGGGGCAGGGUGUAUGUAUGUAUGUAUGUAUGU